AAACUCCGAAGGAAGCAGAAGAAGAAGAAGGAGAAGGAAGAGAGUGAAGCAGAGAAGAGAAGCAUAAAAUAAAGAUGAACGAAGAUGGUGUAACCUCUGAGAACCCUAAUCCCUCUCUUCCCAAACCACCUUCUUCUCCUCCAACACCUGCUGCUAGCUCUGCUGGGGCGUCGUCGCCGGCUGUUCCGGCGAACGCCGGCAACGGAGAGGGUCGCCUUCGCCGGCGUGAUAAAUCGAGCGCGGAUUCGCAUAUGGUUGUUGGUUCAGUGCUGCACGGGGCUUCAAAUCCUUCCUGCAGGCCAUGGGAAAGGGGCGAUUUGCUUCGCCGCCUUUCCACCUUCAAGCUCGCCGGAAAAAUGCCUAAGGUUGCUGGCUCAUUAGCUUGUGCCAAGAGAGGUUGGGUGAAUGUUGAUGUUGCUAAGAUUGAGUGUGAUUUAUGUGGUGCUCAGUUAGAUUUUGCUCUGCCCUCGGCUUCCUCUUUUGAAGCUGAUGCUUCCAGUGAAGAACUUUCUAAACAGCUUGAUAGAGGACACAAAGUCACCUGUCCUUGGAGAGGUAAUAGCUGUCCAGAAAGCUUGGUGCAGUUCCCUCCUACUUCACCUUCAGCUCUAAUUGGAGGCUUUAAGGAUCGGUGCGAUGGACUCCUGCAGUUUUACUCCCUCCCCAUUGUAUCUUCAUCUGCAGUUGAGCAGAUGCGGGUUACACAUAGCCCUCAAAUUGAUCGCUUUCUUGCUCAAUUGCAAAUUCAGAUGGCUGGAGAAUUGGGCUACAGAGGAGAAAGUGUGUGUGGAAUGGGCUUUACUGGAGAACAGCUUCCUCAUUCAUAUUCUUAUGCUAAAAAACUCAUAAGUCUUUGUGGAUGGGAGCCACGGUGGCUUCCUAAUGUGCUUGAUUGUGAAGAACAGUCAGCAGAAUCUGCUAAAAAUGGUUACAGCUCUGAUCCGGCCAAAGGCUCUGCACCAGAUCCUGCUCCAAGCAGGAAGGAGUUUUCAACUUCAUCCAGGAAAGAUACUGGGGAUAAUGAUGUACUGGGUUCAGAAUUUAAUUGUGAAUCUAGGUCACCUUUGUUAGAUUGUAGCUUAUGUGGGGCCACAGUUAGAGUAUGGGAUUUCUUGACUGUCCCCCGUCCAGUUCAUUUGACUCCCUGUGGGAUUGAUACCCCUCAAACGAGCAAGAAAAUAGCAUCAACACGAGGAAUAAGUGCAGCCAGUGGUAUCAAUGAAUGGGCUGCUGCUGAUGGUGUUGAGAAAGAGAGGACUGGAGACCAUGAUGAUGCUACAACAUCUGAUAAAAGGCAACUUGUAUCCAAUAAAAAUUUAGAUUUAAAUCUUAAAUUGGCAAGUGGGCCAUCCCGUUCACCAGUAAAUUUGGCUUCAACCUUAGAUCAUGUGCAAGAUGCUGGUGAAGGAAGAGAUUUAAUGACUGGGAGGCCUUCUGGAAGUGAGGUUGGUGAUCAGGCAGCUUCUUAUGAAUUGCAAGGCCCCAAAUCGCACAAGCGCAGGUUGGAUGACGGUGCAACCAUAGCUGACAGACAACAUCUAAGCAUGCAACAGGGAGACAGUGCAGAAAGAACUACAAUCGACCGUGAUAACAAUGAUGUCAAUGGAAGUCAACAGUAUUCAGCUGGCCCUUCCAAGCGUCCCCGCGAUGCUAAUCUUUUGGAAGCAUUCCAAUUCCCAGUAAGAAAUCCAUCUGGUGCUGUACCUAGCCAUUCAUUGGAUAUUCAAAUAGAAUCCGAUGGAAACAUAGGAAACCAGUUGAACCCAGAAAGGGAUCAUGGUAUCGGCAUCCCGUCUACCAGAGAUUCCACCCGUGCAUCUUCUGUUAUUGCAAUGAAUACGGUUUAUCACGGUUCAGAUGAUGAAUCAAUGGAAAGUGUUGACAAUUUUCCUAUAGGUGUUAAUGAUGCCAGUUUCCCUUCUGUUGAUUUGAAUGAAACAUCAGAGUUAAAUAACAGCUAUCAAGCGCAGCAGAGUGCUUGUUUCCAACCACUUUUAGAGAGAGCAGGAGGGGAGACAGGUGUUAGCAGUUCAAAUGCUUGUGGGGAAGUUUUGAACACAGAGAUAUUGACUGUACAUGCUAGAGAUGGGCCUAGUUUUGGUAUUAGUGGGGGAAGUGUUGGCAUGGGUGCUAGUCAUGAGGCUGAAAUACAUGGGGCUGAUGUCUCAGUUCAUAGAGGUGAUAGUUUAGGUGAUGUUGAACCAAUUGCUGAAGUGAUUGAAAAUCAGGGCCAAGCUGGUGAGUCUGUACCCUAUAAUGGACUUAUUGACGAUUUUGUGCCUGAGGAAAUGAGUCGUGAUGAUCUUCAAGGGGAUAGUCAAGCUGUGGUGUUUCAAUCUACACCAAGGACUGAUAGCGGCUCAAAAAUUAUAGCUUCAACCAAGGUUGAAUCUGUUGAAAGUGGUGAGAAGACCAGUAGUAGCAUGCAGAUGCUAGGCCAUGAAAAUGGUGCCCGUCCUUCUCUUUCUUGCAAUGCUGUUGUCUGUUCUGGCUAUGAAGUGUCCAAGGAAGAAGUUACUCAAACUGGGAAGGCUGAUGAUGGUGCAUGUCAUGAAUCAGGCUAUAUAGUUCCGGAUGUUGUGGGGACUCCUUACAGAGACAACAGUAAUGGAGGUGUUGAAUUUGAUCCAAUCAAACUACAUAAUGACUACUGUCCUUGGGUGAACGGGGAUGUUGCUGCUGCUGGUUGCGGUAGUCCUUGCUCCAGUUCUGGUGUGGGUACUAUAGCUCAUUGUGGCUGGCAGCUGACAUUGGAUGCCCUAGAUUCUUUCCAGUCACUUGGACAUCUUCCCGUGCAAACACUGGAAUCUGAAUCGGCAGCAUCCAUGUGCAAGGGGGACCGGUUCACUUCCAGCCAGAAACUGUUAGCACGCAACUCCUAUGUAAGAAGCCGUGGAAGAAACUGAGACCUUCAGGAAGUUACAGGUUUCAGUUGAGCUGUUUCUCCGAGAAUGACUAUUUUUCCUAUAUCCUAAUUCAGGUUGUGCUUUUAAUUGGAUGUCUGUCCAAUCUUGUUCUUUUCUAAAGUCAGUUUUGGUGCUAUAAUAUUUUCCGUUAUUCUAUUGGAUUUUGGAUUGGUAUUCAUUAAUUUAAUAAAAGUAUCAUUUCAUCAAAAGCUUUGUUGAGCAG